AUGAAUAUAACAUGGUUAAGUAUAUACGUUAUUUUUUCUUUUGCAAUCCAGACACCCUUGAAAAGUUUCCUAUUUUCCUACAUAAGUAUCCCUAUGAUAAUAUGUACUGAUUCAAAUGAUACUUCAAAAAAACGUAAUUCUCAAAUAAUUAAAAGUGCCGAUGCAUUAAUUGAAAAUAUAACAGAAAUAAUAUACUACCUAGAAAAUGUAAAUAAUUAUGUGAUAGAUUAUAAUAAAGAAUUAUUUUUAAAAUUAGAAUAUUUAAUACAACAUGAUAAUGCUUUAUAUGAUUCCUUUGAGCAUAAUGAAAAAGUAUUAAAUCAAAUAUACAAAUAUUAUGAUAAUAUAUUAAAUAAAUAUAGUACAAAUUUAAAAACUCUAAAGGAUGAUAAAAUUAAUAUAUUUAAUGAAAUUGUUACCAAUAUUCAAAGUGAAAAUAAAUAUUAUACAUAUUUUAUUUAUAAAAAUAUUCUUUCUAAAAUUGAUUUAAUUAGUGAUAUGAAUAAAAAGAAAAUUGACAAAGAUAAAGAAAAAAACAUCAAGAAUAUCACACAAAACCUAGAAGUCUUUAAGAACAAAUUGAUGGAUAUAAAAAAAAAUAUUAGGGAUGUAAUAAUUGAAAAAUUUGAAAAUAUAAAAAAAACAAAUGAAGAAAAUAUCCAACAAAUCGAAAACCAAGCACAUCAAUACUUACAUGGAAAUAGCAAAUAUGACACAUUCUCACGGUAUAUAAUAAACGAUUUUUUAUUAAAUGAUAAAAAAAUAAAUAUAAUAAAUUAUGAAAAUAAUUAUUUCUUUAAAACCAAUUUUAUGUAUUUUAAUUUCUUGUUAAAUUAUAUAAAAGAAAAAAAAAGUAGUUACAUUAAUAAUAAAAAACUCAAUUUUAAUAUUUAUAUAUAUUUAAAAGAAACGUUAAUAAAAGAAAUCGAAUCAGCAUACCAUAACUAUUAUGUAAUACCCGAUCUACAUAUUAUUGAUGUUAUAAUAAAAAAUGCUAAUAAAAUAAUGGAAAAAGAAGGUAAAAAAAAUAAUCAUUAUACAUAUAUUUUAGUAUGUAUCGAUAAUUAUAUUGUUAAAUAUAAUAUAUUAUCUAGUAAUAUAUAUCUAGAUAUGGUACCAAGUAUUAAAUCCCUUUUUACUAGUAAAAGUGCUAGCGAUAUAAAUUCCAAUAAAAUGGAAAAUAUACUUUUCAAUAUUAAAAAACAAAAUCAAGAAAAUUAUACAACUACAAUUUUUGAAAAUAAGUUUUAUCAAAGUUUAAUACCAAAGGAAAAUGAUAAUAUUCAAAAUAAUAAUUCAGAAUUAGAAAAAGACACAGACUCCAAUCAACAAAAUAAUUCAAAAACCUACUAUUUUAUGAAAAAAAAUAUUUUUUUUGAUUCAAAAAAACAAUAUUAUAAAAAAUUUUUGUCAUAUUAUGCAUACGAAGAAAUAUUUAACAUUUUAUGCAACAACAAUGCUGCAUGCAGUUCUGAUAUUAUUGACUCCAUUAAUCGCGUAAAUAAAAGCACUUUUGUUAUAAAAAUGCAUCUAAAGUUGAAAAAUGAAUUAAAGAAAUUUCUCCAGAUACAUCAAACUGAGUUGAAAGAUGUUAAAAAAUGUCAAUCUGAAUCCACAUCCACAAGUGAGGAUCUUGAUAAUGAAAAUAACCAAAACAGUUCUAGUAGAAACGAUAGUAAAGGGAAAUCCAACGCAUCAUGUUUCAAAAAACAAAGUGAAAAGAUGCCCAAUGAAAAUGACAAUUUUAUAAAUAUGGGAAACAUCAGCGAUUUUUUAAAUACAUAUUAUAUUUCUUAUCAUAAAUCGUUUAAAGUUGCGAAUAGAAAACAUAUUUAUUCAUUAUUAUCCCAUAUCUUUGAAAGUUAUUUAAAUAAUAAGCACUUAAAUUAUAUUCAAGAAAAAUAUAAGCACAUAGAAAAUGCUAACAGUAUAACAUUGCAUUAUUUGGGUGUUUUGCCAGAAAUAAUAAAAGUUUACAAAACGUUCAACUAUUGUGAAGCUCUUUAUCAAUUAGGGAUUACAUAUCUCAUGAAUAAUUUUAAAAAUACAGAAGAUGAUGAAAAUAAUAAAACUGACGAAAAUAAUAAAGCCAACGAAGAAAUAAGUAAAGAAAUAGAUUUUUUAAAAAAUAAUAAUGAGAAAUAUAUGGAAAUGUUUCAAAGUCAUUUAAAUUCAGAAAUCAAAUUCAUUAACUUUUUUGAGUUUUUAAUUCAACAAAAAAUUGCUUUUAUAUAUGAAGAAAAUGAAUUUUUAAAAUUAUAUAUAUAUUAUGGUAAAAAGGAGUUACCACAAUUACCAUAUACUCCUUUAUUUUCAAAUUGUAGAACAAUAAUAAAAAUAGAAGUAUUACGUGAUACAAACACGAAACAAAUAAUAUACUCAGGUAGGUCUUUUUUUUUAGAAACAUUAAUAACCUUAAAAGAAUAUAAAAUCAAAAAUAAAAGUGCAUACAUAGUUAUUGAAACAUCAGAUGAAAAUAGUACUAUUAAAAAAAGAUUAAAACUAGAAAUGCUAUAUAAAAUAUCACCCUUUUCACAUAUUAAUGCCUAUAUUAUUUCAAAUGAUGGAAUUGAAACAGUUUAUCAUAAGGGAAAUAUAUAUCAACGAUCUGCUAGUGAUAUUAAGGAUGUUAUUAGUGACAUACGAAAUGAUUUUUUAAAUGUUAUUUUACCACAACAUAAUAUGUUUGAUUUGAUUGAUAAUUACAUAUAUAUUAUUAUAUGUUUGAAGAAUGAAAACUGUUGA